CGAAUACUUUGCAACCAAUUGGAAGUCCGGCGACUCGUAUUCCAAGCACCUUGCCAAGAUGGAAUCACUGGCCAAGGAAGCCGACUUGGCUAACAUGUCCAUCGACCAAAUUCAAGCCUUUUGUCUCGUCUCUUCCGUGUAUGCAGACGAGAAGCUGAAGAAGAAGCUGCUCGAGCUGGAGAAUCCUUCCCUGAGGACAGUGAAGCAGAAGAUAUUGUCGUAUGAAAGGGCCAUUUUCGCAGCUUCUACACCAUCGUCAACGGCCUCCGUCGAGGUCAAUAGAGUGAUUGGACAACAGUCCCAGAAGAAGAGUAACCGGCAAAAGUCUAGUAAAGCCAAAUCAUGGGCGGAUCUGGAAGGAAAAUGCACUUGCUGCGGCGCCAAGGAGCACAAGGCUGCACAAUGCCCCAAGAGAACGUCCUCGUGCAACAGGUGUGGCCAUAAAGGGCACUUGAGCUCUGUAUGCAUGAGUGGUGUGUCAUUCCCAAAGACACCAGCCCAAGCUUCCUAGGUCACAGGGGCCGAUCCAAUGACUUCAAAGCAACUGGAAGAACCUGAGGCCGUUGGUCAAACUCCCUUUGACUACGAGGACUCCGACUUGGUGUCACAUGUCCGUGGGGUUGAGGCAGUCCAGAGUGCUUCUGGGUCGCGUGCAACCCCAAGGAUCCAUGUCCAUGUUCGGUCUCCUCAUAACGUCCAUUUUCACCUGAGGCCAUCCCUGGCACUGGAGCUACAAGAACCAUGCUAUCCUUGGACGUGGCCCAGAGGCAUGGUCUUCGGCUGGAUGCAACCAGUGACACGGUAAGAGCGGCUAAUGGUGAUCAAAUGUCCGUGGCCGGCCGAAUUGUCCUUGAACUCACUGUCAACAGCAGAACGGCGUAUGUGGACUGCCUGGUCUCUUCAUGUAUGCGUAAUUCCAUGCUCAUCUCAUGGCAUGACCUCCAGAAUCUUGGAGUCAUCGGUUCUGCCUUCCCUUUGGCGGCCUCCGGGGAGAUUAACACAGCAGUUGAAGGUUCCAGCGCAAUAGAAGAAAUGACACAGGACCUGAGGAGGCAGUUCCACGAUGUACUGUCAGAUUCCCUGGCUCCGGAUCAACGCGUCGUGGGUGAUCCCAUCCAAAUCAGAUUGACAGAGGACGCUGUUCCGUAUCACGCCAAUACCUCAUGUCCCAUUCUGCUGCAUUAUUGCGCUGAAGCCGACGCAACUAUCAAACGGUUGCUUGAUUCAGGCCGAAUUUCUCGUGUAGAGGAGGCUACAACAUGGUGUGCUCGUGCUCACUUCGUCCCUAAAGAAGGAGGCAAGGCCGGGCUUUGUUUGGUCACAGAUUACAGGGUGAUCAACAAAUUCAUCAAUUCAUUUUGCCAAGCCAAGAAAUUGCUGACCUCUUCCCUCCUUGUGAAGCAGUUUGAUGAAAAACUGGAGACUUUUCUGCUAUUGGACGCUUCGAGGUUACACGGCCUCGGCUUCAUGCUGAUGCAAAAAGAGAAGAAUGGACAUCCACGAAUAGUGCAAUGUGGCUCGUUCAGCCUGACGCCUGCUCAGCGGAAUUAUGCAGCCAUCGAGCUUGAGUGUCUUGCAAUUUUGCACGCAGUGCACAAAUGCGAUUCUUAUUUGAGAGGGUGUGCAUUCACUGUUAUGACAGACCAUAAGCCGCUCGUGGGAAUUUUUGCAAAAGACAUUAUUGACAUUCAUAACGUGCGACUUGCAAAAUUCCGCAAGGCCCUCUCAUCUUUCUCUUUCCAGAUCAAGUGGACGCCUGGAAAAGACAAUCUCAUUGCUGACGCGCUUUCACGCACUCCGCUGUUCCCAUGUGAGCCAGAUCACGCCGAUUGUAUGCUCCAAGUCGUGUCUCAAGAAAUCGACCACCUUGAUCCCAAAUUGGCCUUCAUUCUCUCCUCCAUUGAUGAAGGGUACAAAAAGUUGAUUCAGGAGGUGCGGAGUCAUGCAUCUGCGCGGGAUCUGCCCCCUACAAGUUCAGCUUUAUCCUUCAAAUCUUCAUGGAGCGACCUCAGCAUUCUUCCUGUCGAAGGUGCUGAGCUGCUCCUUUGUGAUGGGAAAAUUGUCCCGCCAAUGUCAGCUCGGCCUGAAAUUCUACGCCGGCUUCAUCUUUCCCACCAAGGCCUGGAAAAAACUAAGCUGCAUGCGAAGCUGUUUGCAUGGCCAGGCAUGGCCAGUGAUACCAAGGGCAUGAUCGACGCAUGCACCCAAUGUCAGACAUACCGCCCUUCUAAACCAGUUGAGGGGCGGCGCUCCGAAUUAUCAACCAGCCCCAUGACCCGUGUGGGACUGGAUCCAGCAGACACUUUUCCAGCAGACAUUGGCUCAUCAUGGUCAAUGAAGCUUCUGGUUUCAUCUGGACCAAACCUCUGGCACAAUUACACUCCAAAUCCAUUAUUCAAUCCCUCUCAGAAUGGUUUGACGUUUUCAGCGACCCCAUUUUCAUCACAUCAGAUAACGGCCCACAAUUUCGAUCGGAGUUUGCAGCCUGGUGCUUACAUAAAGGCAUCACCUUCGAGCCAGCCAGCCCGCAUCAUCCCAAUUCAAAUGGCCUAGCUGAGGCAGGUGUGAAAAACGUCAAACUCCUUCACCGCACCGCCAAUAUGUCAUCUUUUCGCACCGCACUGCGCGAAUUUCUGGCGUGCCCACACACGGCAACUGGCCUUGCCCCAAGCGAAAUCUUCUUUGGCCGCCAGCUCCAAACUGCUCUCCCCGCAUCAUACAUGACUCCCCGGCCUACAUUACCAUCUGAGAGCUCAAUCGUUCCCAAUAUGCGAGUUCGAGUUCAGAACCCCAUUUCCAAGCUGUGGGACCAGACCAGCAAAGUUAUCUCCGUGUGCCCUUCGGGAGAAUCCUUUGUCAUUCUCUACGACGACGGGCGAACACUUAGGCGGAAUCAGCGAUUCCUCAAGCCUCUGUCAGCUCCCCUGUCAUCAGCUCCUGUCCCUGCCCCUGCCAGCGAGACCCCUGUCCAUGUAGCUACAACCCCCCCUUCAGGCAAACCCCGCACGAUAUCCCGUUCCUACAGCUCUCUGAAGGUCUCCACGACUUCAUCAACAUGGGGUCCAGGCCAUCGAAAGCAACAGCAAUGUCUGGAACGGAUCAGAUGAUAGUAGCCAACCCAGAUACGGAAAUCACCCG